CCACCACAGCUCACACAUGUAACCGGACGAGGAAGCGUGUGUUCGUGUCUGCCGCACAAGUGUAUCUUUAAGAGCAGAGAAUUGCGCGAUGACGUCAUCGUGUAGUUUCUUAUUGUCGAUGAGAGCGUUUGCAGGAGUUUAGAUGUGGCUGUAUCCGCACUGACUGCCAUCUUUAUCAUCCUUUGAAAACAAGCUUGACAACUUGGUGAACUCCUGUGUCAGAGAGAGAGGCUCAGACAUCUGAUCCUUCAGCCUCCUGCGGAUUCAGAUUACAACAAUGGAAAAGACAAAUCAGGUGCCCCCAUCAGAACCCGCACCACCAUACCCGGGACCGCCGCCUGGGUACAGCGUCGGGACGCAUCCAGCACCAGCUGUUGCUUACACCUACAGUGUGCCUCCACCUCAGGUGAUACAAACAACAACAACGUCACAGGUGGUGAUGGUGCAACCGCGGCCCAGUGUUGCGUCCGGACCGAUGAUCUGCCCGAACUGCCAAACCACCGUGGUCACCAACGUCCGCUACAUCAACGGCUUGCUGACGUGGCUGAUCUGCGCCAUCGUCGGGAUCUUCCUGUUGUGGCCCUGCUGCCUGAUCCCCUUCUGCGUGGACUCCUGCAAGGACGUGGAGCACACCUGCCCCAACUGUCACAGAGUCCUGCAUGUCCACAAACUAAUCUGAGCUCACUGAUCUGAACAUACACCUCUGCUGCCCUGACACGGAGGCCACCAAAGACACUGAGCUCAUCCUUCCUCUGGACUCAAGCCACAAUACAAACACGCAGAUUUAAUCUUGACCCCUGCGGGUGCAUGUGAUGGAUAAUCAACUCUGUACAUGACUGACAUGUAUAAUGUAAAUUUGUCAUUAAAAGGCCAUAAUUUGAUUAAAUAUCCAAUCACUGUGUUAGAAAUAAAUUGUGCAUUUUUUUU